AUGUCUGCACUCAAGGACUUGCCCGCGACAUACGACGAUCUGCCCGACAAACGACGGUACUGGCCAGCCGCCGCAGGCUCUCGUGAGGAGGGUCUGGGUAUGCUGCGCCUGCUCACACCAGAUGUCGUGGCCGACGCAGCACGAACGCAAAUUGUGACCGGCGAGCGUGUCUGUUUGAACUGGGAUCUUCAGAAGCUGAAUCCACCAGGGUUCGGUCGCAAACCGUUUGAACACCGCAUCAAAUGGGUCGCGGAGCCGAUUGCAUUCGACGAUGAGUACCACUUUAACCCGCAACAAUCGUCCCAGUGGGACGGGUUCCGGCACCACAACGCACCCGCGCCGACGCCCGAGGACAAGGACCGGCGGCUGUUCUACGGCGGGACGACCGCGGAGGAGAUCCAGGACCCGAAUUCGCACCGGAUCGGCGUCGGCCACUGGGCGUCGAAGGGGAUAGCCGGUCGCGGCGUGUUAAUCGACUACCUCUCCUGGGCGGAAAAACGCGGCAUCCAGGUCGACGGGCUGAGCCAGCAAGCCGUCUCCCUGGACGAUGUACAGGCGAUCGCGCGGGAGUGCAAGAUCGACUUCCAGCCCGGCGAUAUCUUCUUCCUCCGCGUCGGUCUGACCAAGACCUGGGAUGCGAUGGACGAUGCGCAGAAGGCGGCGUAUAGCCAGCAGUCCAUGCCAAAGCAUGCGGGUAUCGAGCAGAGCGAGCGCGUGCUCCGCUUCAUGUGGGAUAACCACUUUGCAGCGGUGGCGUCCGACGCGGUCAGCUUUGAGGUGUUUCCGCCGCUGAACCCGGAGUUUGAUCUGCAUCACCACCUGCUGGCGGGGUGGGGAGUGCCCAUCGGGGAGAUGUUCGACUUGGAGGAGCUGGCCGAGACAUGUCAGCGGUUGGGGCGGUGGACGUUCUUCGUGUCGAGUAGUCCACUGAACUGUGCGAGGGGAGUGUCGAGUCCGCCCAACUGCAUGGCCAUCUUUUGA